GGCAGCUCCAGGCGAUGUCAUCAGCUACUACAAAGAAAGUUGGAAACAAAAACAAACAAGCAACCAAAUCGAAACAACAUAACAAAUUUACACUAAAACUGACACUUUCUCGCACUGCCAGCUGGAGAAUACGGGAAAAUGGAAAAUAAUCCGAGUCAAACUCUCCACCAGGCGAUCCAGAAGAAAUUUGGCUUGAUAAGUGCCUGCGAAGGUGGCAGUUCAAAAUUAUUUUGUGAUCCUGAAACGAAUUCAAUUCCCCUGCAGAGCCACCAGUUUGUCAUACCACAGCUGCGGGUACCUGAGGAUAUAGCCACCCAGGAGCGUUUGCGGCAAGCAGCGGAUGUUAGAAAUGAAAAACUUCUCAACGAGAUUAAACGCCGUCGUCAAUGCAGCGAAAACGAAAACAACGCUUCUGGUUUUAUAAUACCCAAGUUGGGAGCUGUGCCCGGGGAACCUCUGGGAGAGACCAAGCUUAACAUACCGCUUUUGGGCCGUUUGGAGCAAGGUGUGGGCCAGUUACAGAUAAGCAGCGGAGACGGUGACAGAGCGGGUAACACAAUGCUGGUGUCGAUGCCACCAAUUACUGGACCGACUACCCUUAUUGACCUCACAUCCACAGUAAUAGCCGGAAUAAAGGAUGCACCUCCCAAGGAGUCCGCCACCAAAGCGAAGGAGAAACAGAAAAGACAACACACUGAGAACUUUGAGAUUCCAUUCAUCGCUUGCAAUCCGGUUCGUCGGAGCAAGCUCUCCGGGGGCUUGCUCGCUGAUCAAAGGCGCUCCCAGCACGAUGAGACGCUAGGCGAUUCGGAGAAAGGGGAAAUCCUUGAAAUAAAAGAAGAGCCAAGUUCGGUUGGCAGCAUGCUCGACACCGUUGUGGGCUACCCAGCACCAAGACGACCACAGCUAGAGUAUGCAGGGACUGUGGUGGAGCGUCAGCACUUGAAGUUAUGUGUUCGGCAGGACUAUGGCACCCAAAUAAAACGAUUCCGCUUCGACACACCUUCUCCGGACGAGCUGGUUAAGCAAGCGCUGCAAAAGUCCUGGCGCAUAUCCCGAACCUGACUCUAGUUUACAACA